UGGAGUCGUAAAGUGGACUUGGAAAUCACCAAGAACCCUAAAUCAUCCCCAUGAAUGGAUACCAGAAACACACGGAUUUUUCGCAACAAUUACAAGUAACCUUCACUGUAAAUACCUUCAAUUGGCACCUUUAUUGCUCCUUAUUACUUCAAGUUCAAUUCCUUCUCCUGCUCACUUCACAUCACUUCUCCCCCCUUUUCUUUGAUGGGUAAUGUACCUCAAAAACCCCAACAAAACUCACCAAUUGAUCAACAGGAUGAUGAACAAGAAUCAUCAUCAUCAACAACAUUCACUUGCGAGAUUUGCAUCGAACCCGUAAUUCUUCCCAACAAGAAAUUCAAGAACAGCAACAGAUGUGUCCACCCCUUUUGCACCGACUGUAUAAUCAAAUACAUCCAAGUGAAGCUCGAGGAUAACGUAUCCGAUAUCAAAUGCCCAGCUAUUACCUGCGAUCACUCGCUCGAACCCUUGUCAUGCCGAUCAAAAGUUGGACACCAACUGUUUGAUAAAUGGUGUGAUGUGCUUUGCGAGUCAGCGGUUCUAGGGCUUGACAGGGUUUACUGCCCUAAUCGGGACUGUUCGGCGUUGGUCGUUAACGAGUGUGGUGGUGAAGGUAAUCUAAAGCGAUGUGUGUGUCCUAAUUGCAAGAAACCGUUUUGUUUUCGGUGCAAGGUUCCAUGGCAUGCUGGCUAUAGGUGCGAAGAGAGUGGGGAAAUGAGGGAUCGCAACGAUAUUGCUUUUGGUGUUCUUUCUGAGAGGAAUCAAUGGAUGAGAUGCCCCAUGUGUAGACAUUGUGUUGAACUUGUCAAAGGUUGCGCCAUUGUUAGAUGCAGAUGUGGGAUUGAAUUUUGCUACAGAUGUGGAAAAAAGGUUGACCACCAUUGGUGCAAUUGUCGAAGAUCUUCGACAUUUUGCAUGUGGCUUUUUCAUCUCUGCAUAGUGAUUUUGGUUCUAUGGCCAUUCUUUCUUCUAUUUACGGCUAUAACAAGAAAGAGCCACCAUUGAUUGCUGUUAUCAGGAUGAUACAGAUGCAGUAGCUCUCCACUUAUCAUGCUAAUGUAAAUAAAAUCUGAAAAAAUGAACAACAUUUUAGCUCUCUGCACGAUAUGUGUCAUGAAGAAGCGACUGCUACCAACUUCUACUAUAUCGUAUAAAUAAGUCUUUUAAUCCCCCUUCUAUGUAAAGAGUUCGAGUGAUGUUACCUGUGAUGGAUUUCUAUAAUCUAAAAUAACUGCUUUUUACCA